AUGCCUUUCCGGUUCACUUGGAUAUGCGAUUUACUCCAGGCUAUCGAGGACAUCGAAUGCCGUGACCCGCCCCACCUUCCCGACCGCAAGCGCACCCUCCUGCGUACCACCAUUGAACGCUGGUUCCGACAGCAUCGGAAGAACAUUGACCAAGCCGAAACUGAUGGCGCCGCCCUCCUCUCAACCUUGUUCCCACAGGCGCGUACCGAUCGCGUCUACAGCAUCAAGGCCCCCAGGCUGGAGAAGCUGGUGGCACGCUGUCUUAACUACAGGACAGAGAAGAUAAGAGAGCUGGGCGCCUGGAAGCAGCCGGGCCGAGGAGACCUUGGCGCAUGCCUGGAAAGGAUCGAGAAAAUCCACGAUAGCGAGCCAUUGCCCAGAGGCGAUGCCUUGACUGUCGAGGAAGUCGAUCGUGGCCUUCACGACAUUGCCUCACAAGUUCGCUUCUCCAGCCCAGCAGUGCAAAAGCACGUUUCGGCAGACCUACCCCAGCAAAUCCUCACCCACAUCCUAUUACGCAUCCAUUCACGAGACAAGAAGUGGUUCAUCCGCUUAUUCCUCAAGGACUAUGGCCGUGUGGUUUUAGAUGAGCAGCUUGUGCUUGGGGAAUUCCAUUUCUUGCUCCCGCCGCUGCUGAAGUUCCAGAACGACUUUGCCGCCGCCAUGAUGCUACUCAGAGGGCCGCUGGCCCGUUACCACGCCAAGCCGGACCCCUUAUCCCAGAAGCUCAUGCUCGAACAAGCAGCCCUGCACCUUAGACCAAAGGUUGGUGUCAAAAUCGGCAGACCCACGUGGUACAAGGCCCGAUCGAUGCAAAAUUGCCUGCAAAUGGUUGGCGAUGCCACUUGGGUCAUCGAGCGAAAGUAUGAUGGAGAGUUUUGCGAGAUCCACGUCGACCUGACCAAGAAAGAUCGCAUCCAGAUCUUUUCCAAAAAUGGCAAAGAUGCCACUAGGGACCGGAAAGACCUCCUUCCCGCAAUCAAAGAAAGCCUGAGAAUAGACACUGCCGACUGCCGGUUUGAUUCUAAAUGCAUCCUCCUGGGCGAAAUGGUUGUGUUCAACCAAGUCGAAAACAAAGUCAUGGAUUUUGACAAGAUCAGAAAGCAUGUCUCAAGGUCGGGCUCUUUUCUUGGGACCGACAAGGACUCCCAGCCGCAUCCAUACGAGAACCUCAUGAUUUUCUACUUUGACAUACUUCUCGUGGAUGACGAGAUAACAAUGACUUUGCCGCACUCAAGGAGACGAAAACGGCUUUCUGAAAUCAUCACUAAGAUUGAUGGCAGAGCAAAGACGGUGGAGUGGAAACCUCUGGACUUCUCGGAGCCUGCAGCUAGGAAAAGCAUGUUUCAUCAAUUCUGCGCCGCUUUGCUUGACCGGUGCGAAGGUCUAAUCUUGAAGCCGAAUGGUCCCUUCUUUCCGCUUGCCAGGGACGAGACCGGUAGUUGGUGCAGGGGUUUCAUCAAGCUCAAGAAGGACUACAUGACUGAUAUGGGUGGCUCCAAAGACCAAGCAGACUUUGCGAUUGUAGCAGCCAGCUAUGAUGUGCACGAAGCACAGAAGUGUCGACAGCGCAACCUGAAGUGGACAAAUUUUUACCUGGGAUGUCUAGUUGAUGACGAUUGUUCGUACCAGGCAAGACCCAGAUUCAGGAUCGUGGCAAUCAUCAAAGCAACGCACUGCAUCCCUGCAAAGGAGCUUGACUAUCUCAACCAGGUUGGUCAAUUUCACUGCAGGGACUUCGAUAAUGAUGAAGCGAUCGAGCACUUUGCCAUUCAGUUCGGCAAAAAUCCCCUUCCGUCCGUUGUAUUCACGGAGCCACUGGUCGUCGAGGUCCUUGGAAGUGGUUUUGAGAAACCGCCGAACGAAGGCUUCCACAUGCUACGGCAUCCGCGCAUUCUCAAGACCCACACGGACCGUUCAUGGGAAGAUUGUGUCACUAUGCAAGGGCUUGCCCAAAUGGCUCGUGAAGCAAGAGAGGCCCCUUCGGACGGCGAGUCGAAAGAUAUCAGACAAAAGGUUCAAUAUUCAAGUCCUGGGAGAGCACUGAAACGCCCCGCCACCGGCUCCGUCGAUGACUUCGCCAUCGACGCCAUCCCGCGCAAGAUUCCCAAGUGGUUCUCCGCUGUCUACGGCCGCCCACACCUGCCCACACUAAUUUCGACCAACAAAGAAAACAACGGCAGCAGCGACAGCGGCACCAUUACGACUCCUAUCUCCGCCAACCAUUACCAGUCUUCCGCCUCCGGCUGUACUUCCGCCCUCACGACAAUCACCGUACAACCUCCCGCCCCCUCCACACUCCUCCCCAUACCCUACAACCUCACCCAAACCGUGAUCUACCUCGCGCCCUCUCUCCGACUGCCGGGACAUCCGCUCCACCAAACCCUGACAACGUACUUCGCCCCCCACGCCCCCCUCGUCAUUGACGAUAUCGAGCACUGGCGCCGCGGCGAUGUCGAUGACGACGGUGUGCCGAAGCGGUAUGAUACUCAGGGCAGCACGGUCGGCGAGAGUCAGGCGUAUGCGGGGUAUGACAAGGUCGUUCUGGUCGAACCAGCGAGGGGAAAGGAGUGCGCCGAGACCAAGAGGAUGGUGGAAGGGGUUAUUGGCGCCUCGGGUGGAACUGAGGUGGUGGGGAUGUUUGAUUGGAGGGUUUUGGAGGACCUGGCGGUGGGCGUCGAAGGGGAGAAAGGAGAUUGCGGUAGCGGAAAGCGGGACGAUGAGUGGGAGAGGGAGGUUUGGAGGGAGAGAUUUGUCGGGGUUUGUGGGGUUGAGGUGAGCGAGGAUUAG